GUCGCUGCUAGAAAGACGGGCAAGCGACACCAGCCGUACGACUCCUCGAAACGGUCCAAGGCUCAUUCCAAACACCCUAUCGUUGCUCCUUCCAUUCAAUUCGUGUCAGACGAUUCAAGCACCCUUUCAUCUUCCUCUACCUCUUCAUCCGCCGCUGAGGCUACAAGAACGACAUCCACACUACCGCCGCAGUCCACACGAUCAACAAAGCCCUUGCGUUCCAUGCGCGAGCUGGCGGAGAAAACCAUCCGCGAGAGCUAUCCCUAUUUCACACCGCGAAACGACUGGGAAGUGAUAUAUCUCAGCAACGCCCCAUAUUCCGGGUCCGAGGCCGGGCUUUACGAGCGGUUGGACAGGCUUCUGGCCAUGGAGAUAGAAGACACGGGCUCGUACGAGAUGGUGAUGCAAGACGCUAAGGAGGCUUUGGACGAGCUAUGUGACUGGACUGGCCUCAAACCAAGCCCCGGGGAUCCCGAGGUCUUCGCCCAGCCCCUCCCCGGAAGCAAAUACUCCAUCCGCCUGUUCUCAGGAAACGCCGAAAGCAAGGACUACUGCCUCGACUUCGUGCUUACGUCUACCGGCAAACCGGUCAACUCCCCGUUCAAGUUCGACCUAUUCACCAUUCCUCACCCGGACGCGCCAGUGGGGUCUGCGCCGAUCAUGCGCAUGACCCCUCUCGAAUGUUCGUUCGGGAUCCCACAACACAAGAUCAAGCCCGGAGAGGAGAAGUUCCUCCUGCACGAUGGCCAACACUGCCUAUUGCGUCGACCUGGACACCGGGAUGUGCGGUUUACGGUACCAAUCCGACGCCGCCCCAAACCCACUGCCAAGAAGACACCCGUCGACGCCGACAUACUUGAUUUCCCGAAGUACAUUGAUUGAUCUGUCUAUCGCUCUCUCACUGCUCUCGUCCGAUUGAUAUCCCCAUCUCUGUAUAUACCUGGAC